UCACACGCUAUUGCGUGUAGAUGGGCCAGGGCUCUACACGUGAACAAUCUGCGCUGUCAGAAAAUAACCAUUCUCACUCGAACACUACCUGAUUCCAAGAUUUCGAGGGUUUUAGAUGGCUCUGCACUCCAGCUUUCGGCCCCCGUUUUCGCCCCUCACACCUUCUCAUAAAUCUCUCACAAUUCCAAGAAACCCCAUCGCAGUACCCAAAAUUCCAGAAAUACCCUUCCGAGGCGUCUCCGCGAUUUCGAUUCUUGCAUCGCCGAUUCCCCGUUGCCACGUCAUCCGAAGCCCCUGUAGCUGCGGGGAGAGCUCUGAUUUCCGUCUUCACGACGACGAGGAGUCUCAUUCCAACAGGAUCUUCAUCAAAGGACUGCCACUGUCGACAUCUGAGGGAUACUUGACCAAGACAUUUUCACAUUUUGGGACAGUUAGCAGAGUUAAGAUUAUAACUGAAAGGUUCUCCAAACUGUCUCUAGGAUUUGCAUAUGUUUGGUUUACUUGUGAAGAAGAUGCAGAGUUGGCUGUGAAGGAGAUGGAUGGAAAGUUUGUUGAUGGCAGGUUCAUUAGUGUUACAAUCGCAAACCCUGAAUCUCCUUCAAGUCGAGUAAGGGCCACACCCUACAAAUUUUAAGUAGGAAGGUGUGAUUUCUAUGAUUCGGCUUCUUCAAUCUUCCCAAAGUGAAGUUUAUCCUUCAUAGAAAUAGAUUAAUUAUUUAGACUGGCUGGUGAGCUUCUAAUAGUCAUUGUUAAAACCAGUAUUCGUGGAUACAUUUUGUUUACAUUGGAUUUUUUUUAUCCCUUGAUUCCACGCACACCUACAAAUUCAUACAAAGGUGACAAAAGAUGUGCAUGGAAAAUGUUUGGGUGAGGUAAAAAUGCAUAGAUUCUGCUAGGAAAAGAAAAUGGUUUUCCAUUGUUUGGACAUUCUGCAUUGCUUGAAUGGCUAAGAUAAAAAUAGCAAUUGUUAGCUUUUUCUCGCACGAGAUUGUGAAAGGAACCUGAGAUUUUCACUAUCCAAAUAAGAUGCGCCAAAAUUGAAUCCAUGGGAGUCCAUGUUUCGAUAGUGCUAAUGAAAUCCAUAGGAAUCCAUCAUUUGAUGAGCAUUAGACUUUUCUUUUCUUACCCUCUUUCAUGAUAUCUGUCUAUAAUGAUAAUGAAACAUCAUUUGAUGAUCAUAAGACUUUUCUUUUCUUACCCUCUUUCAUGAUAUCUGUCUAUAAUGAUAAUAAAACAUCAUUUGAUGAUCAUUAGACUUUUCUUUUCUUA